CACACGGCCGCGCCUCCUUGCCGCGUGCCGCGCCACUCCUCGCUCGAUCCAGCCGGGAUCCGGCGCCCCGCCUGCCAUUUUUAUACAUAAAAUCAAUCGUCGCUUGAUCGGAUCGGAUCGGAUCGGCUUCCCUCACCUCGCCCCGCUUCCUUUUCUACCUCCCGAGAGAGGCCCCCCUUCUCGCCAUCACCAUCGCCAUCAUCACGACGGCCGCGCUGCCCGCCCGGAACGGAACCGGCAGGGGACUGGUGGUAGGCUGAACGCGAGGAGGAGAGGAGGGGAGCCAUGGCUCAGAUCUUGCUCCACGGCACGCUCCACGCCACCAUCUUCGAGGCGGAGUCGCUCUCCAACCCGCACCGCGCCUCCGGCGGCGCCCCCAAGUUCAUCCGCAAGCUUGUGGAGGGGAUUGAAGACACUGUCGGUGUCGGCAAAGGCACCACCAAGAUAUAUGCCACCAUUGAUCUGGAGAAAGCACGCGUCGGGCGUACCCGGAUGAUCUCCAACGAGCCCGUCAAUCCUCGCUGGUACGAGUCGUUCCACAUCUACUGCGCCCACCUCGCCGCCGAUGUCAUCUUCACUGUCAAGAUCGACAACCCCAUUGGGGCGUCGCUCAUUGGGAGGGCUUACCUGCCUGUCCAGGACCUCCUGGAUGGUGAGGAGAUCGAUAAGUGGCUUGAAAUCUGUGAUGGCAACCGCGAGCCUAUUGGUGACUGCAAGAUCCAUGUGAAGCUUCAGUACUUUGAUGUUACCAAGGACCGCAACUGGGCAAGAGGUGUCCGGAGCACCAAGUAUCCCGGUGUUCCUUACACCUUUUUCUCACAGAGACAGGGAUGUAAGGUUACUCUAUACCAAGAUGCUCAUGUCCCAGACAACUUUAUUCCCAGGAUCCCGCUUGCUGAUGGCAAGAACUAUGAGCCACACAGAUGCUGGGAGGAUAUCUUUGAUGCCAUAAACAAUGCUCAACACUUGAUUUACAUCACCGGCUGGUCUGUGUACACUGAGAUCACCUUGGUUAGGGACACCAACAGGCCGAAACCUGGAGGUGAUGUUACUCUUGGGGAGUUGCUCAAAAGGAAGGCCAGUGAAGGUGUCCGGGUCCUCAUGCUAGUGUGGGAUGAUAGGACUUCAGUUGGCUUGCUGAAGAGAGAUGGUUUGAUGGCCACCCAUGAUGAGGAGACUGCAAAUUACUUCCAUGGCACGGAUGUCAACUGUGUUCUGUGCCCUCGCAACCCUGAUGACUCUGGCAGCUUUGUUCAGGAUCUGCAGAUAUCAACUAUGUUCACUCACCAUCAAAAGAUAGUAGUCGUCGACCAUGAGAUGCCAAACCAGGGCUCCCAGCAAAGGAGGAUAGUCAGCUUCGUUGGUGGUAUUGACCUCUGUGAUGGAAGAUAUGAUACACAGUAUCACUCCUUAUUUAGGACACUUGACACUGUCCAUCAUGAUGACUUCCACCAGCCUAACUUUGGGACUGCGUCAAUCAAGAAAGGUGGUCCAAGAGAGCCAUGGCACGAUAUUCAUUCACGGCUGGAAGGGCCAAUUGCUUGGGAUGUCCUUUACAACUUUGAGCAGAGGUGGAGGAAGCAGGGUGGUAAGGACCUCCUUGUACGUCUCAGGGAUCUUUCUGACAUUAUUAUUCCCCCUUCUCCUGUGAUGUUCCCAGAGGACAGAGAAACAUGGAAUGUCCAGCUCUUCAGAUCCAUUGAUGGUGGUGCGGCUUUUGGCUUCCCCGAGACUCCUGAGGAAGCUGCUAGAGCUGGGCUUGUGAGUGGAAAGGAUCAAAUCAUCGACAGGAGUAUCCAGGAUGCAUACAUACAUGCCAUCCGGAGGGCUAAGAACUUCAUCUACAUUGAGAACCAGUACUUCCUUGGAAGUUCAUAUGGCUGGAAGCCUGAGGGCAUCAAGCCGGAAGAGAUUGGUGCUCUUCACUUGAUUCCGAAGGAGCUUUCAAUGAAGAUUGUCAGCAAGAUUGAAGCUGGGGAACGAUUUACUGUUUAUGUUGUGGUGCCAAUGUGGCCUGAGGGUGUUCCAGAGAGUGGUUCUGUUCAGGCAAUUCUUGACUGGCAAAGGAGAACAAUGGAGAUGAUGUACACUGAUAUCACACAAGCUCUCCAGGCCAAGGGAAUUGAAGCAAACCCCAAGGAUUACCUCACCUUCUUCUGCCUAGGUAACCGAGAGGUGAAGCAGGAGGGGGAGUAUGAACCUGAGGAACAACCAGAACCUGACACUGAUUACAGCCGGGCUCAGGAGGCCAGGAGGUUCAUGAUCUAUGUUCACACCAAAAUGAUGAUAGUUGACGACGAGUACAUCAUCGUUGGUUCCGCCAACAUCAACCAGAGGUCCAUGGACGGCUCCAGGGACUCUGAGAUCGCCAUGGGUGCAUACCAGCCGUACCACCUGGCAACCAGGCAGCCUGCCCGUGGCCAGAUCCAUGGCUUCCGGAUGGCGCUGUGGUACGAGCACCUGGGCAUGCUGGACGAUGUGUUCCAGCGCCCAGAGAGCGUGGAGUGCGUGCAGAAGGUGAACAAGAUCGCCGAGAAGUACUGGGAUAUGUACUCGAGCGAUGACCUGGAGCAGGACCUCCCAGGCCACCUCCUCAGCUACCCCAUCGGCGUUGACUCUGACGGCAAUGUCACCGAGAUGCCAGGGAUGGAGUUCUUCCCCGACACCCGUGCCCGCAUCCUCGGCACAAAGUCGGAUUACCUCCCACCCAUCCUCACCACAUAGAGGGCAGACUGGGAGUGCCAUGCCUUCUCUCUUGUCUGGCCUCAGCUUGGUGUCUCUUUCAUUGUGUUUCAGACACUGAAGGUUCAGAGAGUAGUGUUGUUAUAGUUACUGAGUGAUAAUAAGCGCAUUGUGCAUGGUUGGGACGAUAGGAGGAAGAGUUGUUUAUUACUAAUACUGCAUCAUACAGAUUGUGUUGUGUCCCUGUCCGGUGUAGCUUGUGUGGCUUGCUGCGUUGCAUUGCCGUUUGUAUGAUGAGACUCCAGCAGUUUCACACGGUUGCUUGUUCAGCUCAAUAUUGAAUUGUUGAUGUGAUGCUACUAUCAUCUGGAUAA